AUGGCGGGCCCCGCGUCGCGGCGGCGGUUGCGGCGGCUGGCAGCGCUGGCCCUGCUCCUGGCGCUGGCCCCGGGGCCGCCCGCAGCCUGGGCCGGGCAGGCGCCGCGCCCCGCCGAGCGGGGGCCCCCGGUGCGGCUCUUCACGGAGGAGGAGCUGGCCCGCUACGGCGGGGAGGAGGAGGAUCAGCCCAUCUACAUGGCAGUGAAAGGUGUGGUGUUUGAUGUCACUUCUGGAAAGGAGUUUUAUGGACGAGGAGCCCCCUACAAUGCCUUAACUGGGAAGGACUCCACCAGAGGGGUGGCCAAGAUGUCCCUCGAUCCCGCAGACCUCACCCAUGACACUACGGGCCUCACGGCCGAGGAGCUGAAAUCCCUGGACAACGUCUUCACCAAAGUCUACAAAGCCAAGUAUCCCAUCGUGGGCUACACAGCCCGGAGGAUUCUCAAUGAGGACGGCAGCCCCAACCUGGACUUCAAGCCUGAAGACCAGCCCCAUUUUGACACAAAAGACGAGUUUUGAUGUUCCAUCCCGGGGGCGGGGGUGGUGUUCCUGAUUGGGGGGGGUGGCAGGGAGACCCUCAGCUGCCAAAUCUCCUGCAAAAUAGGCUGCCCGAGCCUCUGGGCACCCGGGCCCAAAUAAAGCAGACGUUGAACCCGGAACCCUGAAUGCCUGUUAUUGUCCUUGGUCGAGUGUUCCGUCGCCGUGGCAUCCCGCCCGCACACCAGCCAGGCUGGUAAGGAUGGCGGAGCGGGCAGCCCCCUCCGGGUCACUGUUCACUCUCUGGGCAGUAGAA